AGGGAAAAUCAGCCAGUCCAUUUACCAAAAAGCUCAGUCAAGUUCUGCGAGUCUAAGGAAGCGCAUCAGUUGAUCACUGUAGGCUAUAUAUACGAAACUGGGUUCGUUGUGGAUUUUUUCCCCUGUGCAAUCUUUCAAGACUAGAACGGGAUUUAAACGCGCAUACGUUGAAUAGAUCAUAAAAGGGACCCGUCGCUUUAGGCGAAGACCCCUUCACUGGGAACCUCUGAAGACCCAGGUAACAUGGACGGAUUCUACGACCAGCAAGUCCCAUUUAUGGUCCCACCUAAUCAGAAAUCUCACGUAGAGGAACCUUACAGUCGAACUCUCAGCGACAGGAAAAGGAAGUUUGUUGAUACCGAACUUGCCCAGGACACAGAAGAUCUAUUUCAAGACCUCAGCCAGUUGCAGGAGAUCUGGAUUGCUGAAGCCCAGGUGCCUGAUGACGAACAGUUUGUCCCAGAUUUCCAGUCCGAUAGCUUGAUGUUUCAUGGACCACCAGCAGCCAAGAUCAAACGGGAACUGAGUCCCUCCAAAGAGCUUUCUCCUUGUGGCCAGGACAGGAGUCCCAUGCCGUACGGAGAGAAGUGCCUUUACAGCUACAGCAGUGCCUAUGAAAGGAAACCCAAUCUGGGGUUCAAGCCAUUGACUCCUCCCUCCACGCCGGUCUCGCCAUGCAUCCCCACCAACACUGCAGGGACACACCCACUCGGCGAGCAGACUCCUCCCCCUCUCCCUCAAGUACCCAGCCAGACGCCAGGGCCACGCCCCCUGCACGGGCAGCCCAUUGCCGCAGGCUCCGCCCACAAUCAGCGACCACUUGCCCUUCACAGCCAGAGCCCACCCUUUGCUGUGCCCUGCCCACCAAUCAACCAGGAUGUCAACUUCAACCCUGAGCACAGGUUCCAGAGGCAGAUGUCAGAGCCCUGCCUCCCCUUCCCUCCGUCUGAGGGGCAGACCCACCCUGCCUACCUGGCCCAGACACCUAGCAACGUGUCCCGGGAAGGAAGGCCCCCCUACCACCGUCAGAUGUCAGAGCCCCUGGUCCCCGUGCCUCCCCAGGGCUUCAAGCAGGAGCUGAUGGACCCCCGCUAUGCUGAGCAGGGCGUCCCUGCCAUGGGCCCUCCUCAGGGUGCCUUCCACCCAAUGGCCAUCAAGCAGGAGCCGCGGGACUUCUGCUUUGACUCUGAAGUGCCUAACUGCCAGUCUUCAUUUGGGAGAGCAGGGAGCUUCUACCAAAACAACAACCAUGAAAGUUUCAGCUUUGACAGAGACCCUCACCUGUACUACGACGAUGCCUGUGUAGUCCCUGAGAGACUGGAAGGAAAGGUAAAGCAGGAGCCGUCUGUAUACAGAGACGGCCCCCCCUAUCAGAGGCGGGGCUCCCUGCAGCUCUGGCAGUUCCUAGUCACCCUGCUGGACGACCCGGCCAACGGACACUUCAUUGCAUGGACCGGCCGUGGCAUGGAGUUCAAACUCAUUGAGCCUGAAGAGGUGGCUCGGCGUUGGGGUAUCCAGAAAAACCGGCCGGCCAUGAACUACGACAAGCUGAGCCGCUCACUGCGCUACUACUAUGAGAAGGGGAUCAUGCAGAAGGUAAAGGUGGCUGGAGAGAGGUACGUGUACAAGUUUGUGUGCGACCCCGAGGCUCUGUUUUCCAUGGCCUUCCCCGACAACCAGAGGCCCAACCUGAAGGCAGACCCUGACAGCCUGUCCGGGGUGGAUGAUGACACCCUGCCCCUCACUCACUAUGAACAGAGUGCCCCCUACCUGCUGGAUGCAGGGGAGCAGUGUGUCGCAGGAGUGCCCUUCCCGGAUGGAUAUGGCUACUGACAACCCCCUGUAACUUCUCCCCGCCGAUCUCUACACACCCCCCCCCCCCCCUCUCCCUUCCCCUAGCUGAACUCCUCAACCCCUAAAACGCCCAGCGCUGGAACUGCUGAUCAGUCUGGAACCAAACCAACCUGCUCUUCUCAAUACUACUUCUCCUCAACUCCUACCCAUGUAUCAGAUGUAACCCCAACCCCACCACCAAGAAAGAAAGGGGGAUGAAGUUGCGGACAACAGCUUCACUAGCAUUGCGAGUGAGAAAGGGAGAGAUGGCUAGGAGGAAAGAGAUGGGGGGGCCAUAGGUAGUGAUGGUGAAACUGGACUCCUGAGGCCCGCCUGCCCCCCAGACUGAGGCAAAGCGCUGUUGUUGCCAUGGAGACAGUGAAUGCCAGAGGCCGUGUGAUGUCAAAGUCUGACUGACAGAACCCUCUGUUGAUCAGGCUGCAGAAGUUGUAGCAAUUCAGAUUUUGUGACAAUCUGCUUUUCUAAAUAGAGUAAAUAACUAUAAUGUUUUAAUUCUGACGAAUCUAAAUGCAGCACUAUUCUAUAGUUGCCUUUUUUUGGUCCCCCAUAUAUUUUUCUGCCACCUAUCUGAACGUUUAGAACAGUGAAAGGGCUUUAAUUUGCAAAAAAAAAAAAAGAAACUCCCACCCACCAAAUCAGUUUAUUUCUGUAGACAUAAUGUUGAGAACCAUUUUUAAUAUGCUGGCUUUUCUACAAUUGGUUUUACGACUUUAACCUAGUACUUCUAACCCUCCACUUGGACAUGUGAUAGGAAGGACUCUCAGACCUGAGGCCUACUGUACUGUUUUGUAUUGUUUUCAUGCCCAGUGGUGUUUUUAUUAAGUCUACUGUAUGUUCUGUUGUGUUGUCCCCUUUGCUGGGCCUAGACAAACCUGUCCUGGGCCUCACAGCUGUAGGCUACUACAGGACUAUGAUCUGCUCUCAGGACCAGCAGCUCAUUAAAGGAACACUCCACACAUUUUUUCAUCAACCAUCACUCCUCUCAUUGCCUCGGAGUUCAAACUGACUAGUGUUCCACCGCCUGACCCUGCAGCAAUCAUGCAUCCCGCAGACUGAAUUCUAAGGGAUGCAUCAGCCCGUAUGUUCCCCUCGAGGCUUUUGAAUUUAUAUACGCCUAAGAUUUUAUUCUAUGUGAAAGGUCACAGUGUAUUUUUCUUUUUCUAUCAGGGUGCUUCAUGUUACCUUGGCAGUGUACUCGUGUCCCAGGAUAUCAGUGGCAUCGAGACCUUGCAUGCAAAGAGGGUGAAACUUGACAUGUUUUUCCCCUUGGAACAUCUCUUUUUGCCAAUCACAGGCUAGUGGGAGACCUCUGCUUCUCUUUGCAUGGUGUACUGCUCUAAAGACUGUCCACUAACAUAUCGCUUUAUUGUCUGGACAAAGAAGAAAUUGUGAUGUUUUCUGCAUUUUGUUCAUGUUUUACGUUGUUUCUUAAAUGGGGGAAAAAUACAAACUUAUAUAAAAUAUAUAUUUUUGCUAAGUCUGCAUCUGUUGAUUUUAAUGUAUACGCUGUAUAGUUCUGCCUAUAAUAACGGAUAUGUAUCUAAAGAAAUCUAAAACCCUGUGAUGCUAUUUUCCGGCAGACGGUUGCUUUAAAAGGCUGCCAUUGUUUUGGUAGAUUGGAUUAUGAAGGAUACAUUUGUUGAGGUUUGGUCUUGAGUUCCAACAGCAAUCUCUCUGUCCUAAUCCACCUGUAACCCAGGGGUUGUCUGUCUGCACUUGUAUAGGCUUUACCUGCUCCUUCACAAUGUGUACUUUACACUGCUGAGUUUCUUCUCUACUGGGUAUAAUAAACUGCCCUCUAUGCUUUAA